CCUCUCACUGCUUCCCUCCACACUGAGCCACUAGCCCACUACUAGCUAUCCUAGGAAGAGAGGGAAAAGAAGAAGAAGAGCAGUCAGAUACACCUUGCUCUGGUUGCUACCAUUGGCCAUUGCACAGGAUGGCUCUGAGGCUGUGGGCUAGCUCAGCUGCCAAUGCCCUUAAGAUCUCAGGCACCGGAGCCAGGGCUGCCGCCCCCGCCUUAUCCAUCUCCAGAUACUUCUCCACUGUUCUUGAUGGGUUGAAGUACACAUCCUCUCAUGAGUGGGUCAAGGAUGAGGGCGGCAUGACCACCGUUGGCAUCACCGACCAUGCUCAGGGCCAUCUUGGAGAGGUGGUGUUCGUGGAGCUGCCGGAGCCCGGCACGAAUGUGACCCAGGGAGGAUCCUUCGGCAACGUGGAGAGUGUGAAGGCCACCAGCGACGUGAAUUCCCCCAUCUCCGGUGAGGUCGUCGAGGUCAACUCGAAGCUGUCGGAGACGCCCGGCCUGAUCAACUCGAGCCCGUACGAGGAUGGAUGGAUGAUCAAGGUGAAGCCGAGCAGCCCGGCGGAGGUGGACGGCCUGCUGGACGCGGCCAAGUACACCAAGCACUGCGAGGAGGAAGACGCUCACUAGAGCCGGCAUGCACAGUGUUCUUGGGUGAUUCAUCAGCCCGUUCGGCUUUGUUGCAAAAACUCGAUCUACCGUCCAUCUGCAAUAACCAAACCUCAGCCUUUAUCA